AUGACAUUCCAUCGACCGAAGGAGUCCGGCCCACCAACCCAACUGCAUACUCGCUGGACUCGGCUCCGUGCCCCGCUUUCUCCCUCUCAAAGGGUGGCCGGCUUCAGCUCGCCGGCCAAUCGGACACCUUCGGAGGGGGCACUUAAAGUGUCUGUGGUGGAUUCGAGCUCGGUUGGUACGGCUGACGCCCACCGACACACUCUAACAUGGUUCGGAUUCGUAUGCAUUUUCAGUUGGUCCUCAAUUGCACAGACCUCCUUCGGGGCUUGA